AUGGAAGCUGUUGCUGGAAAGAGUGAGAAUCAAGAGCGAUCUGGGAGGAAGAAGUGGAAACAACAAGUUGAAUCUUGGCUUAACGAGGUUGAACAUCUCGAAAAAGAUUUAGGCGAGUUAAAACAAGAAGCAACUAGAGGGAAUAAAAAUAGAGAUAAAGCAGUUGACAUGAAGACAGAUGUCGAAAAUCAAGAGAGAUCUGGGAGGAAGAAGAGGAGACGACAAGUUGAAUCUUGGCUUAACAAGGAUGAGAAUGUCUCAAGCAUCAGUAUAUAUGGUAUGGGAGGGGUGGGUAAAACCACUUUGGCAAAGCAUAUAUACAAUCAUCUUCGUGAAGAAAGUAGUUAUCAAGUUCAUUGGGCUACUGUCUCUCUGGGGCUUAUCAUCAACGGAUUACAAGACGAUCUUGCCAAAAUUGAGAAGAUGGACCUAUCUGAUGUGGAGGAUGAAAACAGAAGGGUGGACCAAUUAAACUGGACAUUCAAAAAAAUGAAGAACAUUGUUAUCAUAUUGGAUGAUAUCUGUGAGUGCCUUAGUUUAGAGAAGUUGGGUUACCCUCUUGGUGUAGAGUACUGCAGACUGAUUCCAACAAGCCGCUCUUCUGAAGCCUACCAAAAUAUGGGUUGUAAGGAACUACUCGAAGUAAAGAAACUCAAUACUAAUGAUUCUUGGGAGCUAUUCAGGAAGAGUCUAGGAUCUGAGACUCGGCUUAGUCCAAACAUUGAGGGAGUUGCCAAAACCAUGGAAGGAAGGUGUAAGGGCUUGCCUCUUGGGCUCAUCACUUUGGAGGGAAGCAUGAGAGGAGUGACUGAUUUGAGGGAGUGGAAAAAUUCUUUGAAAGAAUUCCUCGAUGACUUGGAAAAUGAUGUCUUCAAGGUACUGAAGUAUAGUUAUGAUCGGUUGAGAAAUACAACUAUGCAAGAGUGCUUUUUGUACUGUGAUUUGUAUCCCGAGGACUAUGUAAUUGACAGAUAUGAAUUAAUUGAUAGAUUUAUGAUGGAGAGUCCGGUGAAGGGGAAUAGUAGGGAAGAAGAGUUUCACCAUGGCCAUACCAUAUUGAAUAAACUAGUCACGCUCUGCUUACUUGAAGCACCGGACAACAUGUGA